CUCAUUUAAUACCUCGAUCGGAAAGUCCACCACAUAUGGACCAGAUUAUCUGGAUCCUCUCCAAGAUGUUCUUAUCUUUCACAGUAAAGGGCAGGCGACGCUUUCUUUCUAUCCUAUGAUGAUUCCAUUCCCACGUUACCACAUCCUGAAAGUGAAAACAGAACCUAAGUCCCUCUCAACCACAUGAAACAAACAUCAAAUUGAACACAGAAUAAUAACAUUCUCUUCCUUCCAUUUUAACGCUAAUCUCUUUCCAACAGAAUGAGCCAGUGUGUUCCCAGCUGGGAUCUCGACGACAAUCCCUCUCCUGCCAAGCAAUCUCUUCGUUCCCACUCCAAUUCAACCGCAAUUGAUGUCCCUAUGUUAGACUACGAAGUAGCAGAGUUAACAUGGGAGAAUGGCCGAUUAGCCAUGCACGGACUAGGUCCACCGCGAGUGCCUGCCAAACCCAUGGCCUCCACCUCUCCCUCCAAGUACAACUGGGACAAGCCACGCGCCAAUGGAACCCUCGAAUCCAUAGUCAAUCAAGCUACUCUCUUGCCCCAACGUAAGCCUGGGUUGGAGAACAGUGGAUGUAGAUCAGAAGAGCUUGUCCCAUGGUUAGAGCACAACCGCGCAGCACCAGCCGCCUCCGCUACUGUGACUAUGGACGCCAUGGUUCCUUGUUCGAACCGGCCUGAUGACCGUAGCGCGCAAGUGAUGGACUCCGUCCCCGGGUUAGGUAACUGCGUGGUGGCUAGUUCCACUCGCGUGCGGUCGUGCAGCGGCCGAGCUGCCACGCAAGACGAGGACGCUCUCCUCAACGCGAAACGCCAGACGGUGGCCCGUGUCCCUGUGGCACCCGAGUGGAGCAGCAGGCAAAGCGUUAGUGGUAGCGCAACUUUUCGGGGAGAUAGCAAGCAGGUGACGCUGGACACGUGCGAGAGGGACCUGGGUGUGGGUUUUACUUCCACUUUUGGGUCGCAGGAAAACACCAGCUGCGGCGAGCCCGGAACCAAGACGACCGCCGCAGAUGAGAAUGACUCCGUUUGUCACAGUGGACCACAGAUGGAUGAAGGCGAUGAUGAGGAGGACAAGAAGAAAGGAAACGGGAAAUCCUCGGUUUCAACCAAAAGAAGUAGGGCUGCUGCUGUUCAUAACCAAUCUGAACGUAAAAGGAGAGAGAAGAUAAACCAAAGGAUGAAGACACUGCAGAAGCUGGUCCCAAAUUCCAGUAAGACGGACAAAGCCUCGAUGCUGGAUGAAGUAAUCGAAUAUCUGAAACAAUUGCAAGCUCAAGUCCAAAUGAUGAGUAGAAUGAACAUGCAGCCAAUGAUGUUGCCGAUGGCAAUGCAACAGCAACUCCAGAUGUCAAUGUUGGCUCCAAUGAAUAUGGGCUUGGGUGUAGGAAUGGGAAUGGGCGUCAUGGACAUGAACUCAAUUGCUCGUCUCAAUAUUCCUGGUAUCUCUCCAGUGCUUCAUCCUUCUGCUUUCAUGCCCAUGGCUUCGUGGGAUGGCUCCGGUGCCCGCUUACAAUCUGCCUCCACCGCAGUUAUGCCUGAUCCAUUAUCCGCAUUCCUUGCAUGCCAAUCACAGCCUAUGACUAUGGAUGCAUACAAUAGGAUGGCUGCCAUAUACCAGCAGCUGCAACAGCAACCUCCUGCUUCUAGCUCCAAAAGCUAAGCUAAGCUAUAUAUGAUCUGCGUACUCAUGGGUCCACUUUAAAACAAAAGCUAAAGCUUAAAAAAAUGAAAUAUAGCUCUCAUGCGUCCGGAAAGCUUGUGCUCCAGUGCUCAGAGGCGUGGAUAUGAAUAUAAAUAUGUUUAGCUACAAGCAUCUGUGGCUGUGUGUUUGAGGCAUAUAUCUGUUUAGAUAUGUAUGCUCCAUUUUGGGUAACAAUCAGUACAACCUGUGUAGUGUGCGUAUGAUAAUUUUUAUUUUUCCAAGUUUUCAUUCAUUAA